AUGAAACAAGUAGAACUAGCAUUCUUUUCCUCUAAUAAAGUGUCGAAAAAGCACGAACUUGAAGAUAAUGACGCAAGAGAUAAGAAUACAAAAAAGAUAAGAACUGAAGAAGAUGAUAUUCAUUUGGCUACACCACCGACUGAAAUCAGUGAUGGAUCAGACAUUGAAGUGGUUGAAGAAGUAGAGAGAGGGCAUAUUGAUAGAACAGAAGUGGCGAGAAUCAAUAAAGUAACUGAAUCGAAAAGGGAGAGUACGCCUCAUAAGAACUCUAUAGAAGAACGAGAACAACGGAAGAUUAGAAAAGAAAAGGAAGCAGAAGAAAGGCGGUUAAAGAAAGAGAAAGAGACUGAAGAAAGAAGACUAAAGAAAGAGAAACUGGAGGAAAAGAGACAAUUAAAGAAAGAGAAAAUAGAGGAAGAAAGACGGUCCAAGAAGGUACAGAAGGAGAAGGAGAAACUGGAAAGACAAAAGAAGAGAGAAGAAAAGAAGGCUGAACAAGAAGUUAUGAGAAAGCAGAAAGAGGAAGAAAGACAGAAGCAAAUUGAAGAGAAGGAAAAAGAGAAAAUACUGGCGGAAGAGCAAAGAAAAAAGCAUUCUAUAACGAACUUCUUCAAGUUGAAGUCAACGACUCAUCAAGACGAGGAGUAUGGCAACGAAGGGAAAUAUCUGCCCAUAGAUGAGAUAAGGCAAGAUAAAAGUGAUUAUGAAUCAUUUUUCCUUCCAUUCUAUGUGAGGCCUGAGACAAAGCUGGUAGAUUUGAGACCUGAGAAGCGAGAGGUCGACGUGAAUUCUGGCAGUUCAUUUCAGUCAUUUUUAAGAGGAUUCAAACUUGAUGAACCAGUUCACCAGUACUCUACAGCUCAGGCAGUGGUUCAGAAAAUGAAUCUAGGGAUGAUUAAAGAAUCUGAGGACGAGUUCAUGAAGGUCCCAAAGAAAUUCCUGCAAUUCUACGAAAAUGUCAAGGCACCCUAUUGUGGAACGUACUCUUUUACAAUAUACGAUGUGAACGAGGAUCUAGCGAUAAAUCCAUUUGCAAAGAUAUCCACGACUAAAGAUCUUAGUAUUAAUUAUGACUACGAUUCUGAUUUGGAGAAGCCUGAGGAUGACGAGGAGGAGGAAGGUGAAGAUAUUGACCUUGAAGCUGAUGAUGAGGAUGAUGAAGAUGAAGACUCUUCAGACGAAUUGUCAGGGGAAUCAUCUGAUUUCGAUGGGUUUGUUGAGAAAGAAGACGAUAGUCAGGGUUCCAGUAAUUCGAAGCGCAAGAUUUUGGGACCUCUCAAACCGGAAUCAAGAUGGAUACAUGGUACAAUUGGAGAUGAUGAUGCUUUCGGCCAGUAUUUCAAUACGCUUGGGUUCGAGAGACUUAAUUACACCAUUCAAUUUCCUAUAGAUCCGCUAUGCGAGUAUUGGAAAGUCGAAGCAGGUAGUGCGGCUACCCCCUUUUCGACGUCUUCUUCUUCGGCUACUGCUUCUACACUGCAAGCGAAGAAGAGAACAAUUACCGAUGAUGCAGAUUUGAAGAGGAUGACCGAGUUCAUUUUGCAGAAUAGAGACUAUACACUUAAUACCCUCACGGAGUUGAUGCAGAAGCAGGUUCUCAGCCAAUACUCCCGUUCCAUGGUGAAAAAUAGUAUACGACAGGCUGCAGCGUUCGAUAAAAAGAAGAACGAAUGGGUGCUAAACAAUGUUGUCACCGAUACCGGUGUUUAG